AUGUAUUUAGCGGCGGCCUUGUUUUGGAGAGUUGCUGAAAGCUUCACUGAGCAUGAAUACAGAGCCAACAUAGAGAGGGUGAAGAACUAUGAUAUACGCCUGUAUGAAGCCAUGAUGGAGAAGAAUCCUCAGAACUGCAGCCUCGCCUAUUUCUCACCGGCAGCUUCUUGUGUGGACGUGCAUAACAACAUCUCUGAGUCCUUCAACAAUGCUAUUGAUCCUGCAAGGUAUAUGCCAAUGGUGGAGAUGUUAGAGACAAUAAGGAGAAGAACCAUGAUACGUAUAGACCAGAGGAUGAAAGAAGCAUUGAACCAUCAAGGAAGAUUCACGGUUAGGGCAGUGGAGUGGAUAGAGGAUGAGCAGAAGAAACUCAGGUAUUGUGUAAUGGUUCCCGGAGCAAAUGCAAGAGAUGAGGUGCGUGAGUCUGGUGUAAGCUACAGUGUCAAUAUGAGACUCAGGACAUGUGCUUGUAGGAGAUGGGAUAUGAGUGGUCUUCCUUGCCGUCAUGCCCUUCGUAUCAUCGCUGAGAGGAAGCUGAAUCAUGAAGAUCAUAUAUCCCAUUGGUUUCUUAAUUCUAGGCAGCAACAAAUCUAUGGUAACUCAAUCAAUCCUGUUAACGGUAUGUUGUUUUGGGGAAGUUCAGGAUCAAAGGUGCUGCCACCACCAAGUUUGGUUGAAGAAAUUGAGAACAGAGUUGGAAGAAAGCCAAAGCCGAAGAGAAAGAAGGCAAGGCAUGAGUCUCCAUCAAAGAAGAAGGCAUCUAGAGAAAAAAAAGUCAUGCAUUGUGGUCGUUGUGGUGAAGCUGGACACAAUGCAACCAAAUGUCAGAAUAUGGUAGGGGAAACCAGCAAAAAAGCAAGAAAAAGAACAAAUGCAAGAAAGAAGAGGCAAGUAGAAGAUGGAAAUGAGGCCACCGAGACAGAACAAGAUGGAUAUGAGUCAAUGACUCUAUCAUUUGAAGAUGGACCAAUUCCAACUCAGCCAACUCAAGAAUAG